AUGGGUGUCGCUUUGCCCUCCUCAUCUCGUUCAGUGGAGUACGCCUCGAAACAGCUGGGUAAAGAACGCAAUCAAGAUGCCGUCGUUCUUGUUUUGCUGAUGAUAGUUGGUAUUGUAUUCGUUAAUGCUUGCAUCGUUUUUGCUUUAAAGUACUGUUUAUUGUUCUGGCGUCUUCAAGUCGCGGAAUACACAAAUGAUGCUUCAGCUGAGGAACGCAGAAAUUUUGCUAGACGAGAUACCAGAAUGCAAAGACGUGUGUUAACGCAAAAUGUACUAGAAUGUUUAUUUCCUCGUAUGACCUAUGAGAGUUACCUACGUGCGCAGAAAAAGCAUGCGGAGCUACGUCUCCAUCGUCAGCAAAAAUACGGCAACACGAAUCCAAUUAUAUUAACUCCAACAGCAUUCAACCCUACGAUUACAUCCAGCAAUGUUCAGCAGUCACCCGCAGUUCAUUUUCUGCAGAGUGAUACAGAAGGGGCAAGAAGGGAUACCACCGCAGACGAAAGGAAAUAUCUUGUUGAAAGAGAAACAACACCGGAAGAGGAGUUGUGUGUUGUCUGUCUGGAGAACUACCAAGGUAAUGACUUUAUUCGAAUUCUUCCUUGCGGGCACAUAUUUCAUGCACAUUGCUUGGAUAUUUGGAUGACGCGUACAUUUGCAAAUUGUCCUUUGUGUAAGGCAGAUUACAGCAUGUUGCAACAUUUGAAUGUUUGGAACCAGUAUCGCAAUCCUGGCGAGUCCUCUAUUCGACACCUCUAUGGCUACCGAAACGGAACACUAUACUUUUUGAAUUCUCGUUCUAGAUCGAUAGUCUAA